ACGUCUGCAGAGUUGCCAUUCUCUCUUUUUUUUUUGGUCUUCUGUGCCAUCAUAUAUGACUUGGGACUUUGGACUCUUUAUACGUCUGCAGAGUUGCCAUUCUCUCUUUUUUUUUGGUCUUCUGUGCCUUCUCCUUCUAUCUAGUGGAGGUGUAUCCAAAGGCAGCAAGCUUUGCAUAUAGCUCAUUCUCAUACACCUUUUCCAAAUGUUACAACCUUCCCAAACAAAAUAGAGAUUUGUUUUGAUCUGAGAUCAAGCCUAUGGAGUCUGAAGAGCAGCCUGGAAAUCGCCAUAUGGCUUGCAACUCUCCUGAUGAGCAACAUGCGCUGCAGCAAGGCCAAGCUGACAAAAAUCCUGGAGCCGAUGAGGUUGAGCUCCUGUGGAAGCUGAGGAAGUACUUGAUGCUGUUGGCUAUCCUAGCUGCGGCCAUCACCUACCAAGCAGGGCUAGCUCCGCCGGGCGGGUUCUGGCAAGACAACCAGAACGGCCACAACGCCGGUGAUAUUGUGCUUAAAGUUAGCUACCCCAGGCGUUACCAUGUUUUCUUCUACUGCAACACAACAGCUUUCGGGGCAUCACUCAUUGUCCUGAUACUGCUCCUGGUCAGGAAGCUGAGCCGCAAUGCAGUUUGGCUUAGAGCACUUCAAUUUGCGAUGGUAUUGAGCCUGCUAGGGCUCAUGGGGGCCUAUGCCGCAGGGAGCUGCAGGGAUGUGAGGACCUCAAUUUACAUUUGGGUAUUACUUGUUGGCAUAUUCGCAUAUAUCACACUUCAUGUCAUAUUCUUUCGGCAUCUGGCGCCUGAAUGGUUGCGUGAUACAUUCUUGAAUAUAAGGAGAUACUGGAAGGAUUUCCUGAACAACAUUUUCAAGAAUGCACAGAGCACAACAGAUGAGCAAGAGCAUUCUAACAAGAUGGAAGAACUGGAGAGGAAUCGCAGUUUCUUGCUGGUUCUUGCUACAUUAGCAGCAACAGUGACAUAUACUGCAGGGUUAAGCCCACCAGGUGGCUUUUGGCCUGAUGACAAGCCUAACCACCUUGCCGGUGACCCAGUACUGGAAGAUCAUUACCCCCAUCGAUUCAAGGCGUUUCUGGUCUGCAAUGCAACUUCUUUUGCUGGAUCGCUUGUGAUCGUCAUCAUGCUCCUCAGUAAUACAGCAGUGGAUCAUGUUGUCAAGUCAAAUGCUCUGCGGUUGUGCGUGCUAGUCAGCCUCUUCGGGCUUAUGGGGGCUUAUGCUGCUGGGAGUUGCAGGGAGGUCCGUACAUCUAUCUAUGUCUUCUCCCUUGUUGGUGGAGUUUUGCUCUACCUAGUCCUUCAGUGGAUUGAACCUAUUGUGACAAAGCCUGAGUGUGUAGAAAAGUCCAUUGGAUGGAUCAGAAAGCAGAAGACCGAGCUGCUCCAGAAACUGAGCUCUUUCAUUAUGAAGGGGAGUGGGAAUCCAGAUGAUGACAAGCAUACUACCCUGUCAAGGCCCAAUACACAACAUCUAUCCAACAAUAGCAUUUCAAGCAAUUUCAGUGGUGCUAAGGUUGAUCUACAGAAACUGAGCACAUAUCUCCUAUUGCUCGGCAUCCUUUCUGCCACUGUCACAUAUCAAGCUGGGCUGAAUCCACCUGGUGGCUUUUGGGGAGACACUGCUGAUGGACAUAUUGCAGGGGACCCAAUCUUGGAGGCCAUGCACCCCAGGCGUUACAAGGCAUUCUUCUAUUGCAAUGCUACAGCAUUUGUAGCAUCUUUAGUGAUCAUAACAUUACUUCAGAGCAAGCUGAUUACCGUUGGUGCCAUGAAGCGUCACAUAUUGCAAACAGCCAUGACUCUGGAUCUCUUUAGUCUUAUGGGGGCCUAUGCUGCCGGAAGCAGCAGAAAGUUCUCAACAUCCGUGUAUGUUUUUGUCUUGGUCCUCCUUGUUUUCACGUAUGUUGUACUACAUGUUCUGCUAUCUGUGGCUCUCAAGACACGACUGAAGAGGAUAAUAGAUCGUUUCAGAAAAAAUGAUGCAAUGGAUAAUGAAGAUGAAGGGAGUGAUUUGGAGAAGCGGCGCAAGUUUCUGAUGUUGCUUGCAAUUCUAGCUGCUUCCAUCACAUAUCAAGCUGGUAUGAGCCCACCAGGCGGCUUUUGGAGCGACAAUAAUGGCCACCGAGCAGGUGAUCCAGUAUUCCAUGAUGAGUUCCCACGCCGCUACAGAGUUUUCUUCUACUUCAAUGCAACAGCUUUUGUGUCGUCCUUGGUUGUGAUUAUGUUGCUUGUUAGUAAAAGGCUAUGCAGCAAGGGUCUUGAGGGCUAUGCACUUCACGCAUGUGUUUUGAUUGAUCUGAUCAGCCUCAUGGGUGCUUUUGCUGCUGGAAGCUGCAGGAAAGUUUCAACAUCUGUGUACGUCAUCCUUGUCGUUGCUGCAGUGUCUGUUUAUGUCAUGAUUCAGGUUGUGGUUUUGACAUUUGCAAAAGACAAGGUGAACAAUAUCCUGGAAAGAAUGUACACCUUUGGGCUUUCUGAGCGCCAACAUCCAUCCAUGAAUCACAAGAGAAGCAUCCAAUUUAAAAAGAGAACUGAGCACAAAUGGCGCAAAGAUUUGAUGCUGAUCGGGACUCUUGCAGUCACUGUCACAUACCAAGCUGGGUUGCUCCCACCAGGCGGAUUUUGGCCUGAUGACCAGGUAGGCCGCCAUUUUGCUGGUGACCCAAUCCUUCAUGAUACCCAUCCAACACGGUUUAAAGUAUUCUUCUAUUGUAAUGCGACGGCAUUCAUGGCAUCGAUGGUCAUGGUCAUCCUACUGUUGAACAACACAAUAAGCAAGUAUAGGAGAUCCCUUCUUGCUAUGAAGACAGCAAUGGUAUUGGACUUGCUUGGUCUGCUUGGAGCAUAUGCCGCAGGCAGCUGCAGAAAGUUAAAGACAUCUGCAUACAUUUUUGCACUCUUCAUUGCCAUGUUCAUUUACAUUGUAAUACAUGUGUUGUUGUCAUUCGAUGAGGUGGCUUUGUUAGUUAGAAAGAAGGGAGAGAAGUGGAUGCCUUGCCUGAAAAAUAUGUGGGCACUUAUUGAAACUGAUCCUUCAAACCUUCAGCCAUCUGCUGGGCAACUGGGAAAGGCACCUCCAGAUCAGUAGUAAUCAUUUGCAAGGACAACUGAAGGUUUACUGUCAGGUAAUACUGUAAUAGGAGCUUAUAUAUCAUAAUACUACAAUAUGAACCUAAGGCACACACACUGGAUUUUGACUUGUGUAUUUUAUGC